GAUGCUUGUCAUGUGUUCAGGCUCUCCGCUGGCUUUUGCAGUCUCUCGCGACGGAGGCCUUGGACUCCAGCCAUAGCCGAUUCAGUUCCUUGUGGACGUGCACGAGGUGGCUGCCGUUCCUCAUUAAGGGCAUGAUCGUCCUCUCGUCUUGUCUACAGGCACCUUAGUGGCUUUUACCAUCACUUCCACGAAGCUUUUUAUUCAACGAUUUGGUUUUUCACCUGGAGCUUAUUCGAUUUUCCGAGCUGAAGUUGUGGACACCCACGAUCGUGAAGGGAUCUGUAGGGAGUAAGAAGAGCUGGUAAAAGAUGGGGGGUGGUUUUCGAGUUUUGCAUUUGGUCCGGCCAUUCUUAUCGGUUUUGCCGGAGGUUCAAACAGCAGAGAGGAAGGUUCCAUUUAGGGAGAAGGUUAUGUAUACAGUAGUUUCUCUUUUUAUCUUUCUUGUUUGUAGUCAGCUGCCUCUUUAUGGAAUCCAUUCAGCUACGGGGUCGGAUCCUUUUUACUGGAUGAGAGUGAUCCUUGCCUCUAACCGAGGAACAGUGAUGGAGCUGGGUAUUACACCUAUAGUUACAUCAGGACUUGUGAUGCAACUUUUGGCUGGAUCCAAGCUUAUCGAGGUCGACAACAGCGUUAGGGAAGACAGAGCUCUUCUGAAUGGUGCUCAAAAGCUUCUCGGGGUGUUAAUCACGAUUGGUGAGGCAGUCGCGUAUGUCCUGUCCGGCAUGUACGGAGACGUCCGUGACCUCGGCGCUGGCAACGCAAUUCUGAUCAUCAUCCAGCUCUUCUUCGCUGGAAUCAUUGUUAUCUGUCUUGAUGAGUUGCUACAGAAGGGUUAUGGACUGGGAUCCGGAAUUUCUCUUUUCAUUGCCACCAAUAUCUGUGAGAACAUCAUUUGGAAAGGAUUCAGUCCGACCACCAUCAACAGUGGUCGUGGAGCAGAGUUUGAGGGAGCUGUUAUUGCUCUCUUCCACCUUCUGUUCACAAGAGCGGACAAAACCCGGGCUUUAAAGGAGGCAUUCUACAGACAGAAUCUUCCAAACGUGACCAAUCUUCUGGCAACUGUUGUUGUCUUCCUCAUCGUCAUCUACUUCCAAGGAUUUAGGGUGGUACUCCCAGUUCGUUCCAAGAGCGCUCGUGGUCAACAAGGAUCUUAUCCUAUCAAACUAUUCUACACCUCCAACAUGCCCAUCAUUCUUCAGAGUGCCCUCGUAUCCAACUUGUACUUCAUUUCACAGCUGUUGUUCAAAAGAUACAGCAACAACUUUGUUGUGAACCUUCUGGGCAAGUGGAAGGAGUCAGAGUACUCGCAGAGUGGUCAGCUCAUCCCAGUUGGAGGCCUAGUUUACUACAUUACUCCCCCGACGAGCCUUGGUGAUAUUAUUACCAAUCCUUUCCACGCUAUCUUCUACUUGACCUUCAUGCUUACUGCUUGUGCGCUCUUCUCCAAGACCUGGAUCGAAGUGUCAGGAUCUUCUGCGCGAGAUGUUGCCAAGCAGCUCAAGGAACAACAAAUGUUCAUGCCUGGCCACCGUGAAUCCAACCUUCAGAGGGAAUUGAACCGGUACAUUCCCACAGCAGCUGCUUUUGGAGGUAUGUGUAUUGGAGCCCUGACGGUUGUUGCUGACUUCAUGGGUGCGAUUGGAUCGGGAACUGGAAUCCUUCUUGCCGUCACGAUCAUUUACCAGUAUUUCGAAACUUUCGACAAGGAGCGUGCUAGUGAGCUUGGAUUCUUUGGUUUUUGAAGCUUCAGAAGUUCAUUACACAGUUCAACUUCUGGGUACCUGAAGCUUUUUGUUGCAAGGUUACCGAAAUGGCUUUCUGUAUUGCUGGUUUCUAUUCCAUUAGAAGAACCUUGCAUGAUGAGCUGUUGGGGUACAAUUGUCCCCACGGAAGGAGCGUGAGAUGGCUCCGAAAAAUCAUAGAAAAUGACAGGGAUGGAUUUGCACAACUUGACCUGACACAUUUCCAGUUAGUUUCUGUGUAGUGGUCAUAUCUGAUGACAACUUCUAAAUCUAUGAUUCUGUGGAUGCACGUUUCAGUACCAAAUUGAACGUGCAUUUGACAUUGAAACAAUCAUAUUUCAAAACAUACUGUUUCAUCGUCACAUAAA